UGCAGCAUCGUAGGUAGGCAGGCUGGCUGGUUAGGUGGCAUACCUGCGUUCACGUGUGCGUAUUUGCGUGUGGGUGCGAGGGCAGGGAGUGAGGGUAAUAUGAAAAAAAUACUAAGGCGACGCGACCCUUUUUUUUUCCCCUUCUUCUCUUGGCGGGUCCACUCCUGGGAUGAUCAUGAUGAUGACCAGAAUAAUAACAACAACACCAAGAAGAACAAUGGAGCCACGACUUUCGGCGCCGCGUCGAGACCGAAUGAAGAGAACGGCGGGUGGAUGUGUGAAGAGAGAAAGAAGGGAGGGUGGCAUAGCGCUGCGCGCCAUCGUAAGCGAGUCUCGGAGAUAAGCAGAGCUACGAUUACCCAUUCCUGUCCUCCCUUUUCUCUCGCCCUCUCUCAGUCGACAGCCUCUCUCCCGCUCUCUCUGCGUCGACUCGGUCGCGAUCAUACAUACCUACGUAUACUCGCCAAUGACCGACUAGGUAAAUCACGGCAUGCCAGACCGACGCAUCCACACACCCGGGCCUUCGCGAGACGGGUUCCUACGAUUCCUCGCGGCGCGGUGUCGGCCGGAGAAAACUGCUGCGUCCCCGCCCUCAGGCAGCGAACCACUUUGGUCCGCGUGGUUGGAGAGGGAGGCGUCGGGGUGAGGAUUCGAAAAGGCUGCGUCUGCAUCUUCAGCGAGACUCGAGACGGGAAGAGAUGGGAAAUGAGGGGUGUCCACUCUGCUUCGGCUUACCAAUCUGGAAAACGGUAGGUAGGUAGUAAUUGGAUAUAGAUAAGCUAUGGUCUUACCCUCUCUCUACCCUGUUGUUUUUCUGUCUAUUGUUUCUCUCUCUAUCUCACUCUUUCUCUCCCCCCUUCUCUCUCUUUCAUUUUCAGUUUCCGGCUGGUGGACUUGGUUUCUGCAUCUCGUGUUUCGAGGAUAGCUGCCAGAAGGUCCCCCGGCCGCAGCUGGGCGUCGCAUGCAGAUUUGCCCCCUUUUCCGGAUGGCUUCCCUUU